GAACAUCAUCCACGAGAGGGCGUGCUUUUACCAACGCAUUCAAAGGCCAGGGGAAAAGGCAGAGAUGUUCAUCCGUGCACUCUACGAAUUAGCAGAGAGUUGUGAUUUCGGUGCACAGAAAACAGAGAACAUCAGAGAUAAGCUUGUUGUUGGCAUCAAAGAUAAAGAGCUUUCAAGAAAGUUGCAGCUGAUGACUGACCUUACCUUAGAUACAGCGGUGCUGAUGGUGAGGCAGGCGGAGGACAUCGCACAGCAGGUGAGCCAACAAGAGGAAGGUGCGACAAGCAGUGUUCAGGAGGUUACACGCAGACGACCUGAAAGGAGAGGAAAAUGGGAUGAAAAGAAGCCAGCAAGAGGAAGGAAGGAUAGAAUGGCUGGGGGCGGAUGGUGCGGAAAAUGUGGAAAAACGAAGCAUCACUACAAGGAAAAAUGCCCCGCAGCAGAAAGUGAGUGUCGAAAAUGUAAAAAGAAAGGACACUGGGAGCGUAUGUGUUACUCAAGGACAGUUAAUGAGGUAACAAGAGGAACACACACACAGCCAAGUGAUGACGAUGAGGCAUAUUACCUGGGAACGGUAAGCAGAACUAGUCAAGACGUCUCAGAGAACUGGUUUGUGAAACUGAACGUGCUAGGCUCACGAGUAAAAUUUAAAAUUGAUACCGGAGCUGACGUGACAGUCAUGAAUGAGGAGACUUUUAAUUCGCUUGGAAGUAAAGUGAAACUGAGUCAGACACAUGCGAAAUAUGACAGCCCAGGUGGAAGGAUAAAUUGUUUAGGACAAUUUGAAACGACCACGGAGUACAAAGAUAAAAAGUUCAAGUUCACAAUUCACGUCAUGGAGGGCGACACCGUGAACAAUCUGCUAAGCAGAGAACAAGCAGUUGAAAUGGGCUUAGUUAAAAGAAUCGAGCAAGUCAGCGCAGCUUUCGGUGAACAGGGAAUAAUGAGAACAGAACCUGUUAAAAUAAAUCUAAAAGAGAACGUAGAGCCUUACGCAGUUCACACCGCGAGAAGAGUGCCGUUACCAUUACUCCCCAAAGUUAAAGCUGAACUUCAGAGAAUGGAGGAGAAUGGAGUCAUUGAAAAGAUAACGAAACCUACGGACUGGUGCGCGCCGAUGGUGCCUGUGAUGAAACCUAACGGUAAAGUGCGCAUCUGUGUGGAUUUGAAAAAGCUAAACGAAAAUGUAAAAAGGGAGCGGUUCAUCCUACCCACGACUGAUGAAAUUCUCGCCAAACUCGCCGGCUCAAAAAUAUUCUCUUCAUUGGAUGCCGCAAGCGGCUUUUGGCAAAUUCCCCUCCACGAUGAGAGCAGCCUUCUCACUACAUUCAUAACGCCGUUUGCAAGAUAUUGUUUCAAGCGCUUGCCCUUCGGCAUUAGCAUAGCGCCAGAAAUAUUUCAACGCAAAAUGAACGAACUCCUAGGUGGCCUAGAAGGAGUCGCGGUCUACAUGGACGAUUUGAUCGUUCACGGCGAAACCCAAGAACAGCAUGACGAGCGUCUGAAGCGCGUUCUGGAGAGAGUCGAGCGCGCAGGGCUCAAGCUCAAUAAAGAUAAGUGUAUCUUCAGACAGAAGGAGCUUUAUUUUCUGGGGCACGUCAUAGACGAGAGAGGAGUCAGGCCUGACCCGGGGAAAGUAAGAGCUAUAUCAGAGCUGCAAGCCCCACGAAAUGUGAGUGAAUUGAAACGAGUCUUGGGAAUGAUAAAUUACAUGGGACGCUACAUUCCAGACUUGGCGACAGUGGGCGGGCCGCUGUUUGAUUUAUUGAAAGGGACUGUCGCAUGGACAUGGGACCAGCCUCAAGAAAGCGCAUUUCAAAAACUCAAAGAAACCCUAAUCACUGCACCUGUCCUUGCGUACUACGAUUCAGGGAAACCCACGGCGGUGUCAGCAGAUGCGAGUAGCUACGGGCUGGGAGGAGUCCUACUACAGCAGCACGGAGAUAGCUGGAAACCGGUGGCAUAUUGCUCGAGGAGGUUAAAUGAGGCGGAAACCCGGUACGCGCAGAUUGAGAAAGAAUGCUUGGCCGGAGUCUGGGCGUGCGAGAGAUUCGAGAAGUAUCUCAUAGGCUUGGGCAGGUUUCGCCUUAUUACGGACCACAAACCCCUUGUACCAUUGAUUAAUAAAAAAGACUUGGACACGGUACCAAUACGCUGUCAAAGACUUCUAAUGAGACUGAUGCGCUUCGCAGUGACCGCGGAAUACGCACCUGGGAAAACAUUGGUGGUAGCCGAUGCACUGUCGAGAAGUCCAAUAGGUGAUGAUGCAACCAGCAGUAGACCUACAGCGGACGCGAUAACCUGUUACGUUGACGCGGUUAUAGCCAGCUUGCCCGUGUCACAGUCAAAGUUGAGCCAGAUCGCAGAAGCAACGGAAAAAGAUGAACAGUUACAACUAGUGAGUAAGUUCAUAAAGCAGGGAUGGCCAGAGCACAUAAGAAAAGUACCAGAAGGUAUUAGAGACUAUUUCUCAGUGAAAGAUGCGCUGUCAAUAAGUGAAGGACUGAUCAUUCUGGGCAGACGCAUUUGUAUUCCAAAGGAACUGAGACAGGACAUCCUGGAGCGCAUCCACGAAGGCCAUUUAGGGUUGACUAAAUGCAGGGAACGCGCAGCUUCAUCCGUAUGGUGGCCUGGUAUAUCAUCGGACAUAAAUAACAAAAUUGACUUGUGUAUGUUCUGUCGUGAAAACAGGAAGACGCAAAGAAAAGAGCCACUUAAGUCAACCCCGUUACCGGAGAGACCGUGGCAGCGCGUGGCUAUUGACAUUUGCGAGAACAAGGGCCAGAUGUAUUUGAUUGUUUCGGAUUAUUACUCACGUUUCAUAGAGAUCCUUCAUCUGCCAAAGAUAACGACGGCGCAGGUGAUUAACAGACUGCAAGCUACAUUUGCGAGAUUUGGAAUUCCCGAGCAGAUCAUGAGUGAUAACGGUCCGCAGUUUACUAGUGAGGCAUGGACUUUAUUUAAAGAAAAAUAUGACUUUGAACAUGUUACAUCGAGCCCGCACAACCCGCAAGCAAACGGGCAUGCCGAGCGCGCGGUCCAAGUUGCUAAACGCAUCCUCAGACAGGACGACCCGCACCUUGCUUUGAUGUGUUACCGCGCAACACCUCAUUCAUCUACAGGGGUAAGCCCCGCCGAAUUGUUGAUGGGCAGGAAAAUCCGUACGACCCUGCCUAUCUUAAAGAAAAACCUGCAGCCAAAGUGGCCAAAUAGACUGUUGGUGAGAGAAAGAGAUGCUUUGUCUAAAAGACAACAGGCCUUCUACUUUAAUCGGAGACACGGGGUGCGUGACUUACCUGAGUUGCAGCCGGGUGAUGCUGUGCUGAUGAAACUGGACGGAGAAAAGUCGUGGAAAGGUCCAGUGCAGGUCAGAACGCAAGAGAGCGCGCCGCGCUCAUUCGUGGUGGAGGCUCCAAAGGGGGAAGGUGAGAUGAGGCGGAAUCGCAGACACCUACAGAAAGUGCCUGCGGAAUGUCUAAAUGCUGAUAAUGACUGUGAAACGACGGCGAAGAGCCCGCUGAAUGUUGAAAAACUGUACAUCAGUAAUGCGGAAAAGCCAGUGUCGCAGACACCGUGUGAAACACAAGGAGUGACUGUGACCAGGUCCGGCAGAGUAAUAAAACCUACUGUUAAACUGAAUUUAUAG